AUGGCGCUCAAUUCAAUGAGCAGCAACCAUGCCCAGCAUGCCCAGGCCUCUCUGCCUUCGCUGCCCGCCCACCUGCAAUCCGACACUCACUUGACCGCCCAUCUCGCGAGCCGCUUCCACGCCCACUUGGCCACCGCCCAGCUCUCUUCCCACGCCAUCGUUUCCCUCAAUACUUACACCUCGUCCGCAAGAGGUCCUGAUGGCGGGCGCGAAGGCAGUGCCAUGGCCGCCACCCAAGAUCUUGCCAAAAGAGCUUGGGCUAGGCUCGGCCACCGCAGCGAAAACCAGACCAUUGUCUUUCUUGGUGAAUCUGGCUCUGGAAAGACGACCCUCCGUUGCCAUCUCCUGUCUUCCCUCCUCUCCUUCUCCUCCACUCCGCUGUCCGCCAAGCUGUCUUAUGCUUCUUUCGUCUUUGAUUCCUUGACGAGCACCAAGUCUGUCACCACACCUAUUGCUUCGAAGUCUGGUCUUUACCUUGAGCUCCAAUAUGAUACCAGCGCGACCUCACAUCCCACUUUGAUUGGUGGUAAGAUUCUGGAUCACAGGCUGGAGCGGAGUAGGAUAGCAACUGUUCCCACUGGAGAACGCAGCUUCCACAUCCUAUACUAUCUGUUGGCCGGCACGAGUCCGGCGGAGAAGGAACACCUUGGUCUGGAAACCGCUGGACACCUUGGCGAGGCCGGAAACAGGCUGUCGACAGGUGGGCAGAAGAGGUGGCGAUACCUUGGACAUCCCACUCAGCUUAAAGUCGGUAUCAACGAUGCCGAUGGAUUCCAGCAGUUCAAGAAUGCCCUCAGGAAGCUCGAAUUUCCUCGCAGCGAUAUUGCGGAGAUUUGUCAGGUGCUGGCUGCCAUCCUUCACAUCGGCCAGCUUGAAUUCACCACGGGGAAGUCUACCACGCCAACCGCAGAAGACAGCGGCGGAUACUCCCAUGAAGGUGGCGCAGAUGUGACCAUCGUCAAGAACAAGGAGACACUGGCAAUUGUCGCGGCGUUCAUGGGCGUAAGCCCUGAGCAAUUGGAGACCAGUCUAGGCUACAAGUCGAAGACUCUUCAUCGCGAACGUGUAACGGUAAUGCUCGAUCCUAAGGGUGCACGUGUUAACGCGGAUGAACUCUCCCGUACUCUGUACUCCUUACUCGUUGCGUAUGUUAUGGAGCAUAUCAACCAAAGGAUAUGCGCAAUGGAAGACUCUGUCGGCAACACCAUCUCGAUUGUGGACUUCCCCGGUUUCUCUCAGGUGUCGCAAACCGGAUCAGUCCUCGACCAGCUACUCAACAACGCUGCUUCGGAGUGCCUGUACAACUUCUGCUUGCAGAGCUUCUUUGAGAGGCAAGAGGAGUUCCUGUCUGCGGAAGAAGUCAGUAUUCCUCAAACAAGCUACUUUGACAACUCCGAUGCGGUCAAAGGCCUUUUGAAGCCUGGAAAUGGUAUUUUGAGCAUCCUGGACGACCAAAUGAGACGUGGAAAGACCGACAUCCAAUUCUUGGAGAGUUUGGGUAAGCGCUUCGGACAGAAGAACCCAGCCGUUGCUGUUGGGAGCGCUACGGCCAAGCUCCCCGGUAGCAAUUUCGCUACUCACAACGCUGCGGCCUCAUUCACAGUGAAACACUUCGCUGGUGAGGUGGACUACCCCGUCGACGGUUUGAUGGAGGAGAACGGUGAGAUCAUCUCGGGCGAUCUUCUCAAUCUUGUCAACAACACUCGGAGCGACUUUGUCCGUGAGCUCUUUGGACAAGAUGCUCUCAACACUGUCGUCCAUCCGAAGGAAAGAACCGCCGUUGUUCAAGCCUCUGUCAGUUCGAAGCCUACCCGCAUGCCAAGUAUGGCCAAGAGGAACGGAGGAAUCGGACGGUUUGGUUCUAAGAGGAUUACCGGAGACGACACCGACGAUGACACUCGCAGCGAAAGGUCACGCGGGAACAAGCGCAAAUCGACUGCCGGCAAACAACAAGGUGCUGCUGGUCAAUUCCUUGCUUCGCUUGAAAGCAUCACCAAAUCUUUGGCCGCCGCGGAAACCAACCCCUAUUUCAUUUUCUGCCUGAAGCCUAACGAUCGGCGCAUUGCCAACCAGUUUGACAGCAAGUGCGUCAGGUCCCAGGUUCAGUCGUUGGGUAUUGCAGAGAUCAGUCAGCGCCUCAGAAAUGCCGAUUUCAGCCUCUUCUUGCCUUUCGGUGAAUUCCUUGGCCUCGCAGAAGCAGACAACGUUGUUGUUGCUAGCGAACGCGAACGAGCCGAGAUGAUACUGGACGAGAAGGGGUGGCCCUCGAAUGAAGCCAGGGUGGGCGCGACUGGAGUUUUCAUCAGUGAACGAUGCUGGCUUGAGAUGGCGGGCGUCGCAGAUGUCGUCCCUGCUGGUGGUCGAUACAUGGGCAUGGACGCUGACUCCGAAGCCGGAGACGGACUGCUCACACCUGGCGACGCUCGUAGAGGAUACGGCGACUCCAGGGUGCAAUUGCUCUCAUCUCAAACACCUUCUCCCGGCGGCGCCUUCGAUGACAAAGCAAGUUACUUCGGUAGCCGAGAACUCGACGCCCGGUCUGAAGCUGGCGCGUCCGCUGUCAACGGAGACAUGUUCCACAAUCUUGAGACUAGGGAGCAAAUGGCUGAAAAGGGCAAUGAGGUCAAAAUGGAAGAGAUCGAUACGCACAAAGAUUCCGCCAGCCGUAAAAGGUGGGUGGGUCUCGUCUGGACCCUGACAUGGUGGAUUCCGGAUAUCCUCAUCCGGAAGUUUGGUAAAAUGCCACGCCCAGAUGUCCGGAUGGCGUGGAGGGAGAAGUUCGCCAUCAACAUGCUGAUCUGGUUGGCCUGUGCAUUCGUCAUGUUUUUCAUGAUUGGCUUUCCCGAACUUAUCUGUCCUACUCAACACGUCUACUCAUCAUCGGAACUCACGUCCUAUGAUGGCAAAGGUGACAACGACGCUUAUAUCGCGAUUCGCGGCAUUGUCUACGAUCUGGGCGCGUUCAUACCCGUCCAUUACCCGAAUCUUGUUCCAGAAAAGUCUUUGAAGAAGUACGCGGGCAAGGAUGCUACGAGUCUCUUCCCUGUUCAAGUCUCCGCUCUCUGUAACGGCACGAAGGGGUCAAUCGAUCCCUCCGUUCAACUCAACUACAAAAGCCACAACUACUCUUCGAGCGACAACACCGUUAGUACCAACGACAACAACGCCAAAUAUCACGAUUUCAGGUGGGCUACUAACGACAGCCGGCCUGAUUGGUUUUGGGAGCAACAAACCUAUCUGAAGUCCAACUACAUGAAAGGCAGGCUUGGUUACAGCUCCCAGUACGUCAAGACUCUGGCAGACAAGCAGAACACGGUUGCUAUCCUUGAUGACAAGGUCUAUGAUUUCACUGAGUAUCUCGUUGGUGGUCGUACGCCCGAAUUCCCCCCCGGCUACAAAGGCGAUAAAACCGGAAUCGACUCAGACUUCAUGGACACGGAUCUGGUGGAGCUUUUCCGGAGUAAAUCUGGAGACGAUAUCACCAAGUUUUGGCAAGCGUUGCCAUACGACGCGUCCAUGAGAGAAAACAUGAAAAACUGCUUGGAUGGCCUCUUCUACAUCGGCGAAGUAGACACUCGAAACUCAACACGCUGUCUCUUCGCAAAGUGGUUGUUGAUGGCAAUUUCUAUUGUGCUUGUCAGUGUUGUCGGUUUCAAGUUCUUUGCUGCCCUGCAAUUCGGAGGGAAAAACAUACCAGAGAACCUCGACAAGUUCAUCAUCUGUACUGUUCCUGCAUACACCGAAGACGAGGAUUCGCUGCGCCGUGCCAUUGACUCUGCCGCUCGGAUGAGAUACGACGAUAAGCGCAAACUUCUGUUCAUCGUCUGCGAUGGUAUGAUUAUCGGUCAAGGCAACGACAGGCCGACACCCAGGAUUGUUCUCGACAUUCUCGGAGUCUCCGAGCACGUUGAUCCAGAGCCGCUAAGCUUCGAAAGUUUGGGCGAAGGCAUGAAGCAACACAACAUGGGCAAAAUCUACUCUGGUUUGUAUGAAGUUCAAGGUCACAUUGUUCCCUUUAUCGUGGUAGUCAAGGUCGGCAAGCCUUCCGAGGUUUCAAGGCCCGGUAACCGUGGUAAGCGUGACUCUCAGAUGGUUCUCAUGCGCUUCCUGAGUCGGGUGCAUUACAACCUGCCUAUGACACCUAUGGAACUCGAAAUGCACCAUCAAAUAAGAAACAUUAUCGGAGUCAAUCCCACGUUCUAUGAGUUCUUGCUACAGAUCGAUGCCGACACAGUCGUCGCUCCGGAUUCAGCUACUCAAAUGGUCGCCUCAUUCCUCCACGAUACCCGCUUGAUCGGUCUCUGUGGUGAAACGGCUCUUUCCAACGCCAAGUCAUCCUUCGUUACCAUGAUGCAGGUCUACGAGUACUAUAUCUCGCACAACCUUAUCAAGGCCUUCGAAAGUCUGUUUGGUUGCAUCACUUGUUUGCCUGGUUGUUUCAGUAUGUACCGCAUUCGAGCCGCAGAAAGUGGAAAGCCCCUCUUCGUCAGCAAGGAAAUCAUCGAAAGCUACUCGGUCGUGCGCGUCGACACACUGCACACCAAGAAUUUGCUCCACCUGGGAGAAGACAGAUUCUUGACCACACUGCUCCUGAAGUUCCACUCCGAGUACAAGACGAAGUACAACAUGCGCGCACAUGCCUGGACCAUCGCACCCGAUAGCUGGGAGGUUUUCAUGUCGCAACGUCGUCGCUGGAUCAACUCGACUGUCCACAACCUUGUCGAGCUCAUUCCUCUCCAGCAACUGUGCGGUUUCUGCUGCUUCAGUAUGCGCUUUGUCGUCUUCCUGGAUUUACUGAGUACAAUCGUUCAACCCGUUAUCAUUGGGUAUCUUGCCUACAUGAUUGUUCGGUUGGCACAGAAACCGGAUACUGUGCCCGUCAUGACGUUCAUCCUUCUCGCCGCCGUCUACGGUCUGCAAGCCAUCAUCUUCAUUCUGCGUCGUAAGUGGGAAAUGGUUGGUUGGAUGAUUAUUUACAUCAUCGCGACGCCCGUCUUCUCAUGCGGUCUCCCGCUAUACUCUUUCUGGUUCAUGGAUGACUUUUCCUGGGGUAACACUCGUGUCGUUACUGGCGAAAAGGGUCAGAAGGUCGUCGUCUCGGACGAGGGCAAAUUUGAUCCCAACAGCAUUCCCAAGAAGAAGUGGGAGGAGUACCAGGCCGAGCUCUGGGAGGCCCAGACUCAGCGCGACGACCGUUCCGAGUACUCCGGCAUCUCCUAUGGCACCAAAUCUUUCUAUGGCGCGGGUGCUGCUCCUGCCUCAGAAUAUGGUUAUCCCCCUUCCCGCCCCAUGUCUCAGCUCGACAUUCCACGCUACGGAUCGCGCAUGUCCGUUGCGCACUCCAACUACGGCUACGGUGGCGACAUGGAGAUGGCUGAUCUGCAAGGCGGUUCAAUGCCAUCGGACGAUACCAUCCUUGCUGAGAUCAGAGACAUUCUGAGAACCGCCGACUUGAUGAACGUCACAAAGAAGAGUAUCAAGGCGGAACUAGAGCGUAGAUUCGGCAUCUCGAUGGAUGCGAAGCGGGCAUUCAUUGGCAGUGCUACUGAGGCUAUUUUGAGCGGUCAAUUGUAA